AGCGUGUCGUAGUCUUCCUUCUGCCAUGUGACCCGACUUGUGCUCAGUCUGUAACAUGAGGGUCUGUGGCCCGAGUGUCCGUGUCCAGUUGUGGAGUCUGGGGGAGGCCGAGAGAGAGGAGGGACCGGAACAUGCGGCUCAUUCCCCUGUGUCACUCAUACAGCACGUGACUCCUAGCGCCCAAUCAGCUGUUGCACUCAGUGAGACGCUGACAGUGACGACAUGGCGGAACAAAAACCACUUCCUGGGCGGGUCCAUCACACGCGUCGUCCAGCCCCCCGGCCGCCUCGCAGCCCAAAUGACAUCUACGUGACUACAAAGACUGAUUUCCGGGCUCAGUUGGCUCGGUGCCGGCAACUUCUCAGUACCGGGGACUUUAGGGAACUGAGGGUCCAUGGUUUGGGCCUGGCCAUUGGACGUGCCAUUAACUUGGCUCUGCAGCUGCAGUUGUCCUACCCCGGGACUCUGCACAUCUCCCCCAACACCUCCACCGUAGAACUGACCGAUGAUCUGGAACCUGAGGGCGGAGAGGACAUGGAACCUGGAGCCCGGAACCGCAAUAACUCCGCCAUUCAUAUCCGCGUGUAUCGCCCGCAGGGAGAGUGAGGGAAUUAUUGGUGCUUUCAUGGGGUCCACUGACAUCAUCUGCUUGCACUUGUUUCCCUGGUAACAGCGCAUUGAUACUUGCUACUUGUAUACGUGUCACUGUUGGACUUACUACAGGCAGCAGCUCCCAUUGGUCGUAUCUGGAUACAGAUUCUACUGCACAAGCCAAACAAUAUUAUAGGUCCUAUACUUAUAGUUUAUGUUUUUAAAAGCUGUGUAGUUUGGUCAGAUUUAAUACAAAAUGUUGUGUUUUUACACAAAAUUCUUUGUUUGUAGCGCAAUUUGUUGCAAACCUUAUGGUGACCAUAGACGUUAACAUUUUUUGACCAAUUUCUGUGCGAUCUGUCCAACUUGUCAUUAUGUAUUUAGAACUUUAUUUGUAAAGCACUGUUAAAGUACAAUAUAAAUAAAAGUAAACACGGGGAAGACAAA